ACACUGCACUUUGCAGUCAGAAAAAGUCACACACACUUGGAACCCUUUCGAUUUACUUUGGAAAACUUGGCACCAACUCGAUUCAUUUUAUUUAUUGGCUUAAGUUAAUUGCAAAAUGUCUUCCUCAGAAACCGACCGCUUUACGGAGGAGGAGGUGGAGCCGCUAAUAGCUUCCGUUCCGGUGCCAAUGAGUCCCAAUCUAAAUCUUCAGGAUAGACAAGCGGUGGAGUUUUCUCCAUCGCUGUCGGUUACUUCGGUUGAUGGCAGUCAGGCAACGGAAUCCACAGCUUCGUUUCCUGACUUGCAGGAAGUUAGUCCCAGUUCGGAACAUUAUCUUCGAUCCGUACGAGCUACUACCAAUUUGAGACCCAGUUCUGGACGUCGCCGUUCGGUUUCCUCAUUACAAUCGUCUUCUUCAUCGGCAACUCAUCUGCGCCGACGCAACGAGAUUUCCCAACUUUUGUAUUAUAUGCAGACCCAUGCGCCCUUAAAUGGAUAUCUGUCACGUCGCUUUCGUCGCCUUCGGACAAUGGCCUUAGCCGAAAGACGAAGGCUUCCAGCCGGAUCAAUCUUCGAUCUCAAUGAUUUCGGCGAUUUGGAGAUGAGGGAUCCCAAGGAGCAGGCUCUUCGGCGAGGGAACAGCGUCAGCGAUUGUAGUCAGUGCAGCAGCGAUGAGGAGGAGGUCAAGGGCAAAGGCAAGGUGCAGAAGCCCACUGUUCCCCCUCAGUUGGCCGAAUGGUUGUAUCCAGUUUAGGUGUUAACAACAAGGGUUUUUAGACUUUGGAAAUACAAUUGCCUUUUGUAACUAAAUUGGAAAGCGUUUUAGCUUCUUUUCUGUUUAACGUAAUUAAAGGCAAUUUAACUAACGA